GAGAGAAGAGAAGAAAUUGAAAAAACUCCGGUAGAUACAGAAAUCAAAACUGAUAUGCCGACUUCUUUAAUCACUGCUAAGAUGACUGAUGAAGAUAUCAGAGAAGUAAUACAAAAAAUGCUUUCGGAAAUUGACUCUAAAUUAUCUGAUGGACUUUGCGUAAAACGUGAUGAUCUCUUAAAGCUAAAAUAUUGUGAUGCCAUAAUUAAAGAAACUGGUCGUUUAAUGGCAGUGGCAGUUAUUACAUUACGAUAUAUUACUAGUGAACGUGAAGUUGCAGGAUAUAAAUGGCCUGCUGUUACUCAUUUUAUAUUGAGUUAUUCAGGUCGUCUUCUUGUCUCCUG